AUGUCCACUUCUUUAUUUAAAUUUUUUAUUAUUUUUUUAAUUUUUUUAAUAAUUAAUAAUUGUAAUUCUUCUAAACGAAUUAAAAUUCAACAAAAUUUUAAUAGAUAUCCAAAAACACCAUCAACAACACCAAAACCUGUUAGCACAUUAAAAGAAGAAAAUGAAUUAUUACUAGAUGAAAAUGAAGACGAAUCUCCAUUACUUCGAUUAAUUAGAUCAUUUAAACAAAAACAACAAAAAAAGAAAAAACAAAAAGAAACAAAAGAAGUUCAAUGCUGGAUUAGAAUAAAUAAAAAAUUGGGAGAGUUUUACUAUGAACAUGGAAAAUGUGAAUGUUUAUAUGAUAAUAAAUUUGUUUGUAUUGGAGAAAAACAUAUAGAUCCCUACAAUUAUUAUUGUGAAAAAAAAUUUAAUUUUUUAAAAUAA